AUGAAGACAUACUGGAGCUUGAGUUGUGGAGUUUGGUUUCUUUGUUUCAUUUUGUGCUCUGGCCAAAAUGUAACCCACACCAACGACAGCCAAGAAGCCAUCAAAGUAAAGGUUCUGCUGCAGGCAUCUUCUUCGAGUCCAGCUAGUUCCACUACCACAACAACGGAAAAGUCAAAGGUCAGCCCCACAGCCAAGACCUUUAAGCAGGGCCAGGAAAUUGAGGAAGAGGACUACAACUUCCACACCGAUCGCCUGCCCGAGUUAAGCGAAGAUGAGUUCAACAACUUGAGCGAGGAUGCUAAUCCUUUGCACUUCCUCAAGCAACUACCUAUGCAGACAGAGAACCAACAGCCCAAGCCAGAAGCUCAGGCUCAGCCUAAGCCAGACACCCCAGCCCCUGUGAUCCCAUCACAGCCAAGUGGCUCACCUAUUUACAUCACAAUUCCCAUUUACAUCAGCACGGCGGGCAAACUGCCCCUCACCCUGACCAUUGGCGAUCAGGAGCUGUCCUUGAACAAGAUACGAAAAAAGGGAAACUCGGCUCUGGGCAGGAAACCCCCAUCCACCAAGGCUCCUAAUUCCCACUACAACCGGCUGCUUGAAACGCCCAAGAGGCGCACCACAAACCGCCAUCGCAGUCAACUCAAGAGCCACAUUUAUGCCAUCAAGGAUCGCCAGGACUCUAUGUUCAAGCCGAAACAAUGA